AUGAAGUUCUUCCUUGCAACUCUCUUUGCGAGCGCAGUCAGCAGCAUCGCGGUUGACCGGCUUAUCCCUGGAGCACAGAUCAUCCCAGAGAGCGACACAAGGGCCUUACUGCGUGUUGGUGGCCAUCAUGACAAGUACCAUGACCGUCGCACAAUAACUAUUCGACCUUCCCGGAAUGAUACGGAUGAUGUAUCGAGGGACUUCCUUUGGGGUAUCAAGCAUGCUAACCACGGGGGACGACUUCUUCUCAAGAAAGGGGAGAAGUAUGUGAUUGGUAGAAAGCUUGACCUGACAUUCUUAGACGACAUUGAGGUGCAACUAGAUGGAGAAUUGAAGGAUCCCGACAAUGAGUACUAUCGUCCAAUCCUCUUCCUGACUGAAAACGCAACCCGGAUUUCUGUUGAAGGCAUCACGCAGUUGAACUCACCUUGCUGGACCAAUUUUUUCAUCCAGUCAAAGGACGUCUCAUUUGAUGACGUUUACAUCCAUGCAUUUUCUACAAAUAAAUCAGCCUUACCUAAAAAUAGCGACGGCUUUGACUCACUUAAUGUUGACGGGUUGACGGUCACAAAUACGCGGGUUGACGUCGGAGAUGAUUGCUUCUCGCCCAAGCCAAACACCACCAACAUCUUCGUGCAGAACUUGUUGUGCAACAACACCCAUGGGGUUAGCAUGGGCAGUAUUGGGCAGUAUCCAGGGGUAAUGGACAUCAUCGAGCACGCCUACAUUGAGAAUGUAACCUUGUUGAAUGGGCAGAAUGGUGCGCGUCUUAAAGCGUGGGCUGGCCAGGACGUGGGCUAUGGGCGAAUCAACAACAUCACGUACAAAAACAUCCGUAUUGAGAAUACUGACGCCCCGGUGGUCCUGGAUCAAUGCUAUUUUGAUAUUGAGGCAGCGGAAUGUGCCCAGUACCCCUCCCAGGUGAAUGUGACCAACAUUCUCUUCGAGAAUAUCUCUGGAACAUCGUCCGGCAAGAAUGGAAAGGUGGUGGCCGAUCUUGUGUGUUCGCCAAAUGCGGUGUGCUCGGAUAUUCAAUUGAAGAACAUUAAUCUGACUAGUCCUGCUGGGAGUCCACCAGAGAUUAUCUGUGAAGGGGUUCAAGGAGACAUUGGGGUAGAAUGUCAGGCUUCAGCCGACUGA